AUGGAGCAGUUGAGCCUAGAAGAACAAAACCAACCCAUGGAUGCCGCACGAAUCAUCGAAAACAUCAAUGCGACAGUAUCUGCUCGGUAUACACUCGCGAUGCCAGCUGCCAAUCUACUAUCCUCCACGAGCAGACUUUGUCCGACAUGCAGCCAAAUUUUCGAUGCCAGUGCUACCAUUUCGUCACCACAAUCGCCUUCCUUACACGCCUCGAAACCUGGAGAGGUUGUGCAUCUAAGUCUGGACAAUGUCGCUGAAUCAGCCAAGCGAGGAUGUCACCUCUGCUUAACGGUGUAUAUGAACUUGGACCCAGCUGCACUUCGAGCUUUCCGACGCUAUGUAGACUUCACGAAGGGACAGGCAUCACCGGACAGUAGCACCACCAGUAUAAGCUGGGGCUUUGUCAGCAUCGUGCCUAUCGCGCGAGAUCAAGCCCGUUUGAGCUUCAGAUGGGUGCCACGAGUGGAAAUAGACCAGCAAAUCUCAACAACCGCUUCUGGAACCUCAAGGAAUACGUUCCUCCAAAAUGACACUCGAAACGAGUCACGAAACACUGUCGACAGCAACACGAGCUCUAUGGCAGGCCGUAUGACCUCUGAGCUAAAUGUCGAAUUGAUACUUAUGAAUCCUAUUUAUGCAGUCGAGCCCGGCGUGAGGACGAUUAACUCGAAAGCAACAAGCACAUCAUCUGAUGAAUGCUUUGAAAUUGCGCGGCAAUGGCUUGAAGACUGCUCCUUCGAUCAUAUGAAGUGCUCAGCGACCGAAGGUGCAGGCGCUAUUCAGAAGCCAACAUAUUUACUCGAUGUCACAAUUAGGGGGCCAAAAGGUGCCCCAGGUGUAAAACUGGUGGAUGGGCAAUUUCUCGACCCCUUCACGGAGUAUGUAACAUUGUCCCAUUGUUGGGGCAUUUCUCGGGAUCCUGGCAUGAAAAGAGUACGGUUGCAUAAGAAGACUUUACAAGCUCUUCGGCAAGGUGUUGCAAAUUCGAGCUUACCCAAAACUUUCGCACACGCUGCCAUUGCUACUGCGCGUCUAGGUUACAAGUACCUCUGGAUAGACGCGCUGUGUAUCAUGCACGACAUGGAACAGAUGGUUCUUGAUGAGAUUGCAAAUCUGCCACGAAUAUAUGGCGAGGCCACACUCAAUCUAGCUGCCACAGGGGCUACAGAUGACACUGCCGGCCUCUUUUUCAAUCGAAACGUGUUCGCUCUUCAACCCGCAACAGUUGAGAUGUGCUGCUCAGAAGUAUUUCCAAAAGGUCUUCCCGUCACGAUGAAGACUGCUCACGAACAAGAACGGCGCAACACUACCGUUCUACCAUUACCCUCCUCACCAAGUCCUGCGUCUGCAGACAACAAAUCCCUUCUACCUGCACCAAAAAUCUCCUUCAACAAGCGUACACAUCACCAGAGAACCGCAAAUUGGCACAUCCUCGUCGAGAUGUACACCGAAGGCCGACAAACCUAUACCUCCGACAAACUCCUAGGUGUAUCCGGCUUGGCCCGACAAUACCUCAGUCGCAACCGCCUCAGACCUCACGACUACGUAGCAGGAAUGUGGCGACCGUCCCUUCCACACUCCCUCCUCUGGCGCAUCCACGAAGGCGGACGCCGACCACCCAGAUAUCGCGCUCCAACAUGGACCUGGGCCUCAAUCGACGGUCGCGUCGUCAGCCCAGCACCCUCGCACGCCUCGAAACAAACCUGUCUCGAAGUCAUCGACGUGUCGGUGACAAUGAAAAACAACGAUCCCCUCGGCCUCUGCGAGGGCGGCCGCCUCAAGGUCCGCGGCUUCAUGGGUAAAGGCUCACUAAGACGGACGCGCGACUACUGGGGCCACUGCUCGUUUGUCCUACAGCCACAGGCCACCUCGCCCAAAGUCAAAGAGAUAGGAGACGUGCGCUUCGAGAACGCCUGGUUCGACGAGCGACUCGUCAAACUCUCCGACGAGGGCGCGGGCAUCAUGGUCGAAACGCUAGAAAUCUACCUCCUUCCAGUCAUCGACGUGAUGGAUCGUGUUGAGGGGCUCAUUCUCUGCGCCACUAUGAAAAAGGGAGAAUUCAAGCGCGUGGGCUUGUUCGAGAUCAGUAACGGGAGUGGCAUGAGUACGAAUCCGGCGGCUGUGAUUAGUCCCGAGCUCCAUGGACCGAUACAGACGAACUGGGAUCGUUUCAAGAGGAUGAUGAAGGGGACUGAGGAGAUGAUGAAUUUUGAGGAGAGGUUGGAUCAUACGAAUGCGUAUUGGUUUGCUAGUGAUUAUACUUAUACGAUUAAUAUUCUGUGA